AGCUGGUCCUCAGUGGGCGGAGUGUCUGGUAUAUUACAGCUACGGCCAGGCCAGCUUCAAGCCACAUUGUCUCUACACUCCCGCCUCGCCAGUCUACGGGUCGUGCGAGGUUGUCGACAGGGCUCAUUAGCUUGUGCACCUGUCGACGCCAAAGACCACGGCUUGUAUCUGGCCAAUCAUGAGCUCAACGACCACAACAGGGGCCAAAAGCUCCUUCGAGCUCGGCGGUCAGUCGAAUACCAAUAGCAAGAGCGCAACGCCUCUUCACGGUUUCGCAGCACCGCCAAAAGGCUUCUUUACGAGCGCACAGGCGGCCAACGGUGCUCUGCCCAACACCGAUGCCCGUAAGAGCGCCUCGAGUGCCAGCCCAAUGAGUGUCACUUCCAACAACACCACCUCCACCGCUCCUACAAGCGAUGCCCGCAGCCCCCCUUCAGGCUACGAUGAUCUGCCGCCAGCAAGCUCACCCUCGGCGGUCCCAACAAAGGGUCGUCGUCGCGAGUCGAUUGGGGGACAAAUGCGUCGCAAGAUCUCAGAGUCGCCAGCUGCGGCUGCGGGUGUGGGUAGCGGCGCUCUUGGCACGUCUUUCACCAUGCGUGGCCAAGCCAUUCCCAAUGGUCGCGCUGGUGCCAAUAGUCCUUUAGAUGCCAGCACCAUGUCCACCAGCCUCGGCGCCGCAGCGCACGCCCUCACCUCGACCACUGCUUUUGCUCGCUCUCAGCCCAACGGAGCAGCGCGGGCUCCCUCUGCGAAUGGCAACAGAUCUGCUGCGCCAAAGACGGAGCGCAUUUCGUCGCACACUCACUUUGGUCAGGAGUGCUACGGUCCGCAGCCUGGCGAGACGCCGCUCGCACCUCCUUCCUCCGCAAUGCUCUCCUCGUCCACCCAUGGAGAUGGCCACAAUAGCAACAACUCGGAGGACGACUCGUCCAGUGGCAAGCGAAGUGCUAGGGGUCAGUCCGCUGCUCCCUCCACAUCUUCGGAUGAUGGUGUUGGAGCCGACGGUCUGUCCAAGUCUCUCAGCUCUGCCAAUGCCAUGCUGCACAAGUGCGAAGCCUGCAACAAAGUUUACCGACAUCCCAGCUGUCUGAUCAAGCAUCGUUGGGAGCACACCAUCUACUGGAAGGAGGCGUCGAAAUUUCUCAUGUCAAAGCACCAGCAGGUCCAGUUGCUAGAAGCUGCGGCAAUCCUGGUCGGCAUGGACAACAAUGCGCGGUCUCUCCCCGAAGAAAAGGCACUCUGGCCAGCUGCUGUCAGCCCGCCCAGCUCUGGCCUGCUAGGUUCCGACCGGAUCAACUUUGAGAAGCUCAUGGCUCAAAAGGGACAAUAUCGCGGCGCAAGUCGAGAACCUCCAUCCCCUUUUCUCAAUGGCAACACGCCUUCCUCGCGCUACACGCCGCUGCCAUCCACCACGCCGCAAAGUCUUCCGUACCGACCGUCCAACGGAAGUCUGCCUAGUCCCCUCGACGCCCUCACGUCGCUCAACAUCAGCACGCCUCGCAUGCGCGGCGGCAUGCACAAUGGCGAUGUGCAGCACCUCCAGCUCGACGAGAGUGCUGAGCGAACCGAUCGAUCAGGGUCGGCAGACACGGAAGACGACGACCAUGACCCCGACACGCCACCUGACCAUAGCUUGUCGGAUGAGCGCGAGAGGAGCGAUCUAGGCGCAGGCAUCGAGAUUGAAAUGGACAUGGACGAAUAGGGAGGGACGAAUAGGGAGCUUUGCAUUGCGUCUCUCCCGACAAAUGUGUCGCUCUCCUCUCCCUCACCACCAUCACCGCCGUCGCCACCGCCGCCGCCGCCUCCGCUGCCACCCUCACCAU